UCUCUGAAUCAGAGUCCUCUCUCUCCACCUAUUGAUGUCUUAACCUCAACUGGCUCAAGUCCAUCUGCAAGUAGUCAGCUUCGGCAGGCGAAUGAAGAUUUUAUUAACAAUUCUUGCCAGUCACCACCAGCUAACUCAGUGCCAUUACCCUCAUCUCCAUCAAGCCCCUCUUCGCUGCCUUCUGGUUGUCCUGUGAGUCCCCGAGGUUUGAAUGUUGACAAUACAGUCUUAUCCACUUCCGGCAUCCCGUCCAACAUGAUGAUGAAUCUGUCACUUAACACCUCACCUACGCCUACUUCUAUAUCCCAAAGUGGUAUCCUACGACGCGCAUCGCAUCCAUCAUCUUGUGGUGCUGCAACCACAUCUCCCGAAGUUGGACAGAUCUCAUCGAUCUCUGGACAAUUUAUGGAUGGCUUUAUUCAGCCUCUUCUCCCCGGUCAGUCCGUCCAAAUGUCGCCUGCCAUCACAGGACUUCCACCAGUUUCCUCUGCAGGUCCUACUGAAGAUCAGCUAUUUUAUUACUAUCCUACUAAUGUGCCCGAAGGAAUGGAAGUAUCAAGUAAUGGACAGAUCCGGCAACAUCAGGCCAUAGUUCAGCACGCAAUGCCUCAACAACAACAACAGUCUCAAUUGAGAGUAAAUCAAUAG